GAAGUCUUUCCGUUUAACUUGCACGUGAAAACAUUUUGACAUUGAGCAGCAUUUUCAGUAUGGAGCUACGUUGGGGAUGAAAUACUUUGAUUCACAAAUUAAUCAUCAUGGCGUCUUCUUCCUGUGCACAGCUGUGUCUGAGAUGCAGAAGUCUUCUUUCCUCCAAGACAGCGACUCUUACCUGGCAGCAUUCCACUCAAGUUCGACAUUGCACUGCAGUCACAAGGGUACCAAACAAAAUCCUAAAUAGAUCUUCAUUUAUCAGUGGGACUCACACAACAACUCAGGCAAGACAGAUAUGGAAACAAAAGAUGUGCCAUUACAGUGACUUCACUGUUAAACAUCUGGAAACUGAAGCCAAGGAAGAUGAGAAUACUGAAGAGUUCUCAAGAACUGAUGUUGUGGCAUACAAGAGCCCACUGCUGCAAAUCAGAGAUGCUGCACCAGUAACUGAAAGCCAGAUGUCAUUAGAUCUGGAUGCUGCCGCUGAACUUUCUGCAUUAGAGGAGAUCAGCGAUGAAGAGGCUGUUGCUAUAUGUGUUCCUUCUGCCAUGCCUCCAGCCUCUACCUCGCUCAGAGACUAUGUGGACAAGUCUGAGACCCUUACCAAACUGGUAGAGCUAGGUGUGAACCUGUGGAAGCUGGAACAAAGGCCCAAUGUAGGCUCCAUGCUGCUGAGGCUCGACUUCAAUACAGAUGUGGCUCCAAGGCUGUUGUUCCUCAAAGACAUCGGGGUGGAGGACUCUCGCCUUGCUUAUAUCAUCACACACAACCCCUUCAUUCUCACUGAGAAUUUGGAAAACCUACAGUCCAGGGUGAACUAUCUCAAGUCAAAAAAGUUCAGCUCUGAGACUGUUGCAUCCAUGGUGUCCAGAGCUCCUUAUCUGCUGAACUUCAGUGUGAAGAGGCUCGACAACAGACUUGGUUUCUAUCAGCAGCAACUCAGCCUCAGUGUUUCUAAUACCCGGAACAUUAUCGCUCGUCUACCCAGAUUACUGUGUGGCAGUUUGGAGCCUGUUAAAGAAAAUCUGAAGGUGUGUGAAAUAGAGCUCGGCUUUAAGGAAAAUGAGAUCCAGCACAUAGUUACUUCUGUCCCGAAAGUGCUGACCAUCAAUAAGAGGAAGCUAACCCAAAUAUUUGACUUCCUCCACAACACCAUGAAGGUGCCUCACCAUCUGAUCGCCAAGUUCCCACAGGUCCUCAAUACGAAGUACUUGCGUGUGAGAGAGCGCCACCUGUUCCUGCAGUACCUCGGAAAGGAUCAGUAUGACCCAGAUCAACCCAACUACAUCUCCCUGGAUCGCCUGGUGUCCUUGCCAGAUGAGACUUUUUGCACUGAGUUGGCUUCGGCCACACUGGAAGAUUUUUGUUUGUUCCAAAAGACACUUUGAUUCUUCAUAAGGGAUAUUUUUAAAGAAACUACAUAAUACAAGUGGUCAAGCACACAGGAUAAAAUCUAGAUAUAUGCAGACCUGAAAGUAUUUAAAACAUAGAGAUCAGCUGAGUGUGAAAUAAAAUGUUUGCUUUGUAAAUAUGAUGUUUAAUAAAUGUACACAAUGCAGCGUC